AUGGCAGACACUGAGGACCCUCUGCGUGGCGAUGCUGGGGAGGGUCCAGGGGAUGAUGGGUCCCUCCAGAAUGACUCCUUCCCACUCUCCUCUCUGGCCAACCUCUUCGAGAGCGAGGACACCUCGUCCCCUGCCGAGGCAGCCCGAGGUCCUCCUGGUGCAGGGGAUGGGAAGCAAAACCUGCGCAUGAAAUUCCACGGGGCCUUCCGGAAAGGUGCCCCAAAGCCCAUGGAGCUGCUGGAAUCCACCAUCUACGAGUCAUCCGUGGUCCCCGCUCCCAAGAAAGCCCCCAUGGAUUCUCUGUUCGACUACGGCACCUACCGGCACCACCCCAGCGAGAACAGGCGCUGGCGCAGGAGGGUCGUGGAGAAGCAGACACCAGGUGUGAAGGGACCUGCUCCCAACCCACCCCCCGUCCUCAAGGUCUUCAACAGACCCAUCCUCUUCGACAUUGUCUCCCGGGGGUCUCCAGCUGGCCUGGAUGGGCUCCUCUCCUUCCUCCUUGCCCACAAGAAGCGUCUCACAGAUGAGGAGUUUCGAGAGCCCUCCACGGGGAAGACCUGCCUGCCCAAGGCGCUGCUCAACCUCAGCGGGGGCAGGAACGACACCAUCCCCCUGCUCCUUGACAUCGCUGAGAAAACGGGCAACAUGCGGGAGUUCAUCAACUCACCCUUCAGGGACGUCUACUACCGAGGUCAGACAGCCCUGCACAUCGCCAUCGAGAGGCGCUGCAAGCACUACGUGGAGCUGCUGGUGGAGAAGGGAGCCGACGUGCACGCCCAGGCGCGCGGCCGCUUCUUCCAGCCCAAGGACGAGGGCGGCUACUUCUACUUCGGAGAGCUGCCCCUCUCUCUGGCCGCCUGCACCAACCAGCCCCACAUGGUGCACUACCUGACGGAGAACGGGCACAAGCAGGCGGACCUGCGGCGCCAGGACUCCCGCGGCAACACGGUGCUGCACGCCCUGGUGGCCAUCGCCGACAACACCCGCGAGAACACCAAGUUCGUCACCAAGAUGUACGACCUGCUCCUCGUCAAGUGCGCCAAGCUCUUCCCCGACACCAACCUGGAGGCCCUGCUCAACAACGACGGCCUCUCCCCCCUCAUGAUGGCAGCCAAGACUGGCAAGAUCGGGAUCUUCCAGCACAUCAUCCGGCGGGAGAUCGUGGACGAGGACGCCCGGCACCUCUCGCGGAAGUUCAAGGAUUGGGCGUAUGGUCCCGUCUACUCCUCCCUCUAUGACCUCUCCUCGCUGGACACCUGCGGGGAGGAGGUGUCUGUGCUGGAGAUCCUCGUCUACAACAGCAAGAUUGAGAACCGCCACGAGAUGCUGGCGGUGGAGCCCAUCAACGAGCUGCUGCGCGACAAGUGGCGCAAGUUCGGGGCCGUCUCCUUCUACAUCAGCGUGGUCUCCUACCUCUGCGCCAUGGUCAUCUUCACCCUCGUCGCCUACUACCGCCCCAUGGAGGGCCCGCCCCCCUACCCGUACACCUCCACCCUGGACUACCUGCGCCUGGCCGGGGAGAUCAUCACCCUUCUCACUGGUGUCCUCUUCUUCUUCACAAAUAUCAAAGACCUGUUCAUGAAGAAGUGCCCAGGGGUGAACUCCUUCUUCAUAGAUGGCUCCUUCCAGUUGCUCUACUUCAUCUACUCGGUGCUGGUGAUCGUCACAGCAGGGCUCUACCUGGGUGGUGUUGAGGCCUACCUGGCUGUCAUGGUCUUUGCACUGGUGCUGGGCUGGAUGAAUGCUCUGUACUUCACCCGGGGGCUCAAGCUGACGGGCACCUACAGCAUCAUGAUCCAGAAGAUCCUCUUCAAAGACCUUUUCCGCUUCCUCCUGGUCUACUUGCUGUUCAUGAUUGGUUAUGCAUCAGCGCUGGUGUCCCUCCUCAACCCCUGUCCCAGCAGUGAGUCCUGCAGUGAGGAGCAGUCCAACUGCACCGUGCCCACCUACCCUUCCUGCCGGGACAGCCAGACCUUCAGCACCUUCCUGCUUGACCUCUUCAAGCUCACCAUUGGCAUGGGUGACCUGGAGAUGCUUGAGAGCGCCAAGUACCCUGGUGUCUUCAUCAUCCUCCUCGUCACCUACAUCAUCCUCACCUUCGUGCUCCUCCUCAACAUGCUCAUCGCUCUGAUGGGUGAGACCGUGGGCCAAGUCUCCAAGGAGAGCAAGCACAUCUGGAAGCUGCAGUGGGCCACCACCAUCCUGGACAUCGAGCGCUCCUUCCCUGUGUUCCUGCGGAGAGCCUUCCGCUCGGGGGAGAUGGUCACCGUGGGGAAGGGCACCGAUGGGACCCCCGACCGCCGCUGGUGCUUCAGGGUGGAUGAGGUGAACUGGUCCCACUGGAACCAGAACUUGGGCAUCAUCAGCGAGGACCCAGGCAAGAGCGACACGUACCAGUACUACGGCUUCUCCCACACCGUGGGGCGGCUGCGGAGAGAUCGCUGGUCCACGGUGGUGCCGCGCGUGGUGGAGCUGAACAAGAGCGGGCAGCCCGAGGAGGUGGUGGUGCCGCUGGGGACCACAGGGACAGCGCAGGAGAGGGUCGGGAGCUCCCCAGUCUAG